UUUUCAGAGCGAAAUGAUAUCUGCUUUAGCGGACAUAUAGGAGAGAUUUUGUCUCGUUACCACCCCUUCACUUUGUCUUCAAUUCUAAGGUUCCAUUGUUCUUCACUUUCUGCAUCAUCUCUACAUCAAAGUUUUGUUUUUUCAAUUACGAGGCAGCUUUUGGUUUGGAUACUUUGAGAGGAAGUAUAAAGUGGUUAUUUUGGAAGAGGUAGAAGGGAAAGUGUAUUGACUUUGGUUGUUUCUUGGUGGGUUUAUAUUCCAAGUGUUAUUCUGUAUGUAUAUGUGCUUGGUGGUUUGAAAUGAGUGUGGUGGGCUUUGAUAUUGGAAAUGAAAACUGUGUUAUUGCUGCGGUGAAGCAAGGGGGUGUUGAUGUGUUGUUGAAUGAGGAAUCAAAUCGCGAAACCCCGGCCAUUGUAUGUUUUGGGGAGAAGCAGCGGUUUCUUGGGUCUUCCGGUGCUGCUUCUGCAAUGAUGAACCCAAAAUCCACGAUAUCUCAAAUAAAGAGACUGAUUGGUAGGAGAUUUAAGGAACCUGGGGUAGAAAAAGAGCUAAAAGUGUUACCAUUUCAAUCUUGUGAAAGCCCUGAUGGUGGCAUUUGGAUUAAUGUGAAAUAUUUGGGUGAGACACACACAUUUACUCCUGUUCAGAUUUUGGGGAUGCUCUUUGCACAUUUGAAAGAUAUUGCGGAGAAAAGCUUGGAAACGCCUGUUGCAGAUUGUGUGAUUGGGGUUCCAUCAUACUUUACUGAUUUGCAGAGACGUGAGUAUUUGAAUGCUGCAUCAAUAGCUGGGUUGAAGCCUUUGAGAUUGAUACAUGACUGUACAGCGACGGCACUUGGUUACGGGAUCUAUAAAACAGGAUUCUCUAAUUCAGGAACAACUAAUGUUGUAUUUGUUGAUAUUGGUCAUUGUGAUACCCAGGUCUCUAUUGUAGCUUUUCAAGCCGGGCACAUGAGGGUUCUGUCACAUGCAUUUGAUAGUAAUUUGGGAGGGAGAGACUUUGAUGAGUUAUUAUUUGGUUAUUUUGCAGGAGAGUUCAAAGAGAAGUAUAACAUCAAUGUUUAUUCUAAUGUUAAGGCGUGUAUUAGGUUAAGAGCAGCAUGUGAGAAGUUGAAGAAAGUUCUUAGUGCUAAUGCAGAGGCACCUUUAAAUAUUGAGUGUUUGAUGGAUGAGAAAGAUGUUAGAAGUUCUAUUAAGAGGGAAGAGUUUGAGAAGCUGGCUUCAGGACUGUUAGAGAUUAUUAGUGUUCCUUGCAAAAAAGCUUUAGCAGAUGCAGGGUUGAAUUUAGAUGAAGUUCAUUCGGUUGAGAUUGUUGGGUCGGGGUCUAGGAUACCAGCUAUUACUAGAUUGUUAACUUCUAUAUUCAGUAGAGAACCUAGGCGGACAAUGAAUGCAAGUGAGUGUGUGGCACGUGGAUGUGCACUCCAGUGUGCAAUGCUUAGUCCUGUUUUUCGGGUCAAAGAAUACGAGGUCCAAGAUUCUAUCCCUUUCUCCAUAGGAAUCUCAUCAGAUGAAGGUCCAAUAUGCCUGGGAUCAAAAGCCAAUGGCUUAUUGUUUCCUAAAGGUCAACCCAUUCCAAGUGUUAAACUUUUGACAUUUCAGCGGAAUGGGAUGAUCCAUUUGGAAGCAUUCUAUGUUAAUACAGAUGAAUUGCCAUCUGGUGUAUCUUCAAAAAUUAGCCGUUUCACUAUUGGCCCUUUCCAGGGCUCCCAUAGUGAUAAGGUGAGGGUUAAAGUUAAAGUCAAACUGAACCUCCAUGGUAUUGUCACUGUUGAAUCAGCUUCGUUGAUAGAAGGUCAUGCAGAUGAUUCGGUUACAGAGCCCUCUAAAAUGGGCAAAAUGGAGUCUGCAACGGUUGAAAAUGUCCAUCGACAUUCCUCUGCUGAUGGUGUUAUGAAAGACAAGUCCAGCAGGAGACUUCAGAUGUCUGUUAGUGAAAAUAUAUAUGGUGGAAUGACCGUGGCUGAGCUCACCGAGGCUCAAGAGAAAGAACAUCAGUUCGCCCAGCAUGACCGAACUGUAGAACAAAUCAAAGACAAAAAAAAUACCUUGGAGUCAUAUGUCUAUGAGAUGCGGAGUAAGCUUUUCAAUACAUAUCGGAGCUUUGCAACUGAUUCGGAGAGAGAGGGCAUAUCCAAGAAUCUACAGCAGACAGAGGAGUGGCUUUAUGAGGAUGGUGAUGAUGAAACUGAAAACGCUUAUACCUCGAAACUUCAGGAUCUUAAAAAGUUGGUGGAUCCAAUUGAGAAUCGAUAUAAAGAUGGAGAAGCUCGAGCACAAGCUACAAGAGAAUUAUUAAAAUGCAUUGUGGAGUUCCAAACAGCUGUCGAGUCACUCUCAGCUCAGGAAAAAGAACCGGUCAUUAAUGAGUGCUUCAAAGCAGAGAAGUGGCUAAGAGAGAAAACUCAACUACAAGAUUCCUUACCAAAGAACACUGACCCUGUGUUAUGGUCAACUGACAUCAAGAACAGGACAGAGGAACUAAAAUUGAAGUGCAAACAGGCAUGGAGAAAGACACAUCCGAAGCGGUGAGGCAAGAUUUAAGGCUUAGAUCACUGCCUUGGAGAGUAGCUUUAUUCCAGGACUUGUUAUUUAGUCAAAUGCUAUUGGUAAUCAUUUGAUUGUUAGCCAUACAUAUAAAUGCAAACUGCUGAUGUUAGUGUCCACAGUUUUUUCCACCAUUUAUCAUUCCAUGAAAGUUUGGAGAUGUCAUUAGUCAGAUAGUAUUUAUCAAGGAAAAAAAAAAAGUAUACUUAAGUGGGAUUUUAUACAAAUACAGAAAGAUACUGGCUCGACUUGUGGUACGUACACCCAAUUUUAUUAUUUGGUUAGAUGUAUCUAUGAAUUCAGAAAAUUUUGCGAGAGUUUCAUUGCUAAUGCGAUGGUUAAUGUAUUUUAUAUGGUUUGGUACUGUGCAUCAAUUGUGUUAUAAAAGAAGUGCAGUGCAUUUCUUGUUUAUUUCUAC